AUGACGGCAAAGAACAUUAUUGUUGCUGAAAAUGAAGAAAUUUUUGACGAAAGUGAAGGAGAGCUGGUAGAUUCACAACUAACUGUUGCAUGCAAUCAACCACGUCAUUGUGGUAAAAUAGAGGGGUCAAAUCUAUGCUUACAAUGUUGGCGAAUGAAAGAAAGGGUAUGUUAGUAUGUAAGCUUACUCCUUAUUGAGCUUCUUUUUUUAAUAUUUUUAAGUUACAUUUAAAAUAAGCAAACCAUAUCAAUAAGUCCAAUAGCUUUGUUUAAAACAUUUCACAUUGUCUUUCAUUAAUUAACUAAUAUAAUAUUCAAGCCCUACACUGAACCUUAAUACUUGCUUUGUUUCAGUUUGCCUUUUAAAAAUGAUAAUCACGCACUAGUUGCUAUUAAUUUCCACAGAACUUUGUUUUAAAACAUUUAAAAUUUUAACAAUUUGAUACAAAUUCUUAAAUGUUUGAUUGACUCAAUCAAAAUUCAAUUUCCUUUCCAUCUACAACAGAUGAAAACAGUCAGUGUAGCCCUUGUGCUUUGUCUAAAUGUUGGGGUAGACCCACCAGAUGUAGUGAAGAUUUCUCCUUGUGCUCGAAUGGAAUGUUGGAUAGGUAAGAGUCACUCUGUCAACCUUAUGUAAUAUAAAGUUUUGAAAAAACUAGAGCUAGAUUAUUUGGUUUUGAAAUUCUUAACAUUUAAGAAUAAUCUUAUCAUAAAGAUUGGAGUAAUAAACAUUCCAGACUAAUAUAUUACAAUGUCACAUGUGUAAAUAACUAUUGCAAACAAAAUCUAAAAUCUAUUGCAAAGAAAGGUGGUAGAAAUUGGCUGACAACUUUAUGUUUACAUUAAAAUAUUUUUAAAAAUUUAUGAACAUUAUUCUUCUAUCAAAAAUAAUUAAAUUCUACCACAAAUUAAUUCAUGCAUCUGAUAUUUCAGGAAAUUUGAAUAAUAUAAAAUGAAAUAAAUUAAAGACAAAUAUAUUUCAUAUGUUUGAACAAAUUUAUUAAUUAAAUUUCUUCUGCAAUUUAUGACAUUUGUAGAUCCUCACACCAUGAGUCCUCAAAAAGCUUUAGAAUCUAUUGGAUCAAAUUUACAAAAACAAUAUGAAAGAUGGCAGCCAAAAGCUCGUUAUAAGCAAUCCCUUGAUCCCACAGUCGAAGAAAUGAAGAAAUUAUGUGUCUCUUUAAGGCGGAAUGCGAAGGUUUGAGAACUUAUAAUAAUAUUUUUAAAUUUUGUAUUUAUAUUUAAAGAAAAUUGUACAAUCACGAUGAUAAAAAAAUUUUGUCACUCAAAAACAAUUGAAUUCUUGAUAAUCCAUAUGUUUUUAUUUCUGGCUAGGAGGAAAGAGUGCUGUUUCAUUACAUAGGCCAUGGUGUUCCAAAGCCCACAGCAAAUGGAGAAAUUUGGGUUUUUAAUAAGGUAAAUGCAUUUGGACCAGGCCUGCACCACUCAAAAUGUAAGGUGGCCUUAAUACCUUAUGAAAAAUCUCUGCGGGCUGAAAGAAAAUUAAGCUGGGGAAAGCUAUUUAGAAAAAAUAAGAAGAAGAAGAAUAUUUAAUUACUUCGCAGGCCGCAAACUGGGUGCUGCCUGGGCCGCGAGCGGCCCGUGGGCCGUAUGUUGUGCAGGCCUGGUUUAGACGGUACACAUUUUUAAUAAAAAUUUAUUUUAGAUUAGCAAAAAAUUGUUUUCUAAUAUUUUUUUUGCAUUGAAGUUCUUGCUAAUAUUACAAUGUGUGGUUUUCUCCCUUCUUUUUAAGAGCUAUACUCAGUACAUUCCAUUAUCAUUAUAUGAUUUGCAAAUCUGGAUGGGAAGCCCUUCAAUUUAUGUGUUUGAUUGUUCUAAUGCUGGAAUAAUCAUAGACCUGUUCAAGACAUUCACUGCCCAGAGGGAACAAGAAGCUGCUGUAAUUAUUGAUUUUUAUGUCAACUUAAUUUUGUUUCAUUUAUGUUUAUGAAUUUUAAACAGAGUUUUAACAUUCAAAAUGUUUUCUUUUUAAAUAAAAAAUUCAAAGGACGUAAUAUCAAAUUUUUAGUUUUACUAUUAUUUAACAUGGAAACAAUUCUGGGAAAUAAUUUGUUUUUAUUUUUGUUUUUCAUUUAUAAUUUAUAUGUUGUAGGUUACAUUUUUUAAAAAAUAUCUGUGCAGACCUCUGGACAAAUAAACACAGAUCAAAGUGCACCAUCAAGUAUAAAGAACAGUAUUCUUCUUGCAGCCUGUGGAUCUACUGAACAUUUGCCAAUGAACCCUGACCUUCCUGCUGACCUUUUUACCUCUUGUUUGACAACACCACUAAAAGUUGCAUUAAGAUGGUAAGUCACUUUAAAAAAUGAUUAAUUUUGAGAAUUAUCAUUAGGAGUCCUACAUCUGAAACUUAAUGUUGUGUAAUUGACAUUAUUGUGUUUUAUAUAUCACAGGUAUGUUUUACAAAAUAGAAGUCUAGUGCCUGGGUUAACAAUGGAAAUGGUUGACAAGUAAGAUAAUUAUGUUAUAUAUUAUUUAAAUUUUUAAAAAAAUGAUUACUUGUAUUUAAAUUUUAUAUAUUUAUAUAUUAAUAAUAAAAGUAGGGAACAAUGUGUUAUACAUUUUCACCUGGUACUAAUUCCAAUUUCUUUUUUGACUACUAUUUGCAAAAUUCGGGUACGAAUCUGAGUACUAUUUGUUCCAUAUACUCAUUGUUCAUGAUUUUCCUGUGUUACUUUUGCUAUUGUGUAAAAUAUUAAUACAAAGAAUAUAAGGCGUCCAAUCAAUAUCAAUAGGAAAUUAUUUAUUCUUGUUAUUUCUAUGAAUCGUAGGGAAUUUAUUAUUUAAAAAUUAAUAUCAAACAUGUGCAAAUAAUAUUAAUUCGCAUGCACCAUUUUUGGCUCCCAUGCCCCUGCUACCUCUUGAAUCUGGCUCACAGCUACAAAAGUUUUCCCACCCCUGGUAUAGAAUAUAAAUACUACUUUGUCUAAAUGAAAUUAGUAAGAAAUAUCUAUAUUUACACUGGUUUUAUUAUUUUUUUUUUUAAAGAGACUUCCUGCUGACUUUUGAUAUUUAAAAAAAUCAAAUUUAAUCUGUUUUUCAAAAAGAAUUCCAGGACAGCUGAGUGACAGAAGGACCAUGUUAGGAGAAUUGAAUUGGAUAUUUACUGCUAUUACAGAUACGAUUGCUUGGAACUCAUUGCCAAGAGGUGAUUACAUUGAUUAACAUACCAAAACUACAGUGGAACCCCACUAUAACACUAAAUUGGAUAUAACUCAGUAAUGACAUCGCUCCCAAAAUUUAUUUCUUAUAUUCAUUUGCAAAUCAAACAAUUUUAUUAGAGCUAUGUGGAAAUUAAUAUAAAUUUUUAAAUUCAUUUAGGGAUGAGGUCACAUAUUAAUUUGAAAAUUAUACGAUCAUGGCAUGGUUCCUGUUAUUAUUGACAUUAAUAAACAACAAAAGCCGCAAACAUUUUGGCAGUGUUAUUAGAUGUAAAGUUAAAAUAGGCUAGAUAAUUACAUCAUUUAGCUUUAACGUUAUUUGCAUGGAAUCAAGGCUUCUGUGAGACUGUGUGUCAUGUGUAUGUUGGUAGUCGUCUUCUGUGCUUUAGGAUGCAUUAGCAACAAUAGGGCUAGCAAACCAUUAAUAAAUGCAACACUUAUUUUAAAGCAAUCCAAUAUUUAUGGACCCUUAUUAUUAAUUUACUGUCAGCUGCUGACAGUGGAUAUUCAGUCAGAUGUCCUGACCGUUUACUUUAUAAAAAUAAAUUAUUAGACUUUUUUCUUAAUAAAUUUCAAAAUAUUAAUAGAAAAAGAAGUCAUAUGAAAAGAAUAAAAAUAUUCAAAGAAAAUAAAGUAAUUGAGUUGUCCAGCUGUUAAAUGUAUAUUACGUUUCUAAACUUAGUGAUCUGAUCUUAACUUCUAUUAAUUAUUUUCCAAAUUUAUUUGAGCAUGCCAUCUAAAACUUUUUAGUGCUAUGAAGUCUCGUAUAUACCCUAAAAAAAAGUCUAUCGGAUGUAUCAUCAACCCUUUAUUAACAUUUAAAAAAUGUUUUCAUAUCUCAACUUUGUCGAAAGAAACAAAUAUAUCUUUGAACAUAAGUUUUUUUUAUCACUGAUAAGAUAGAGGUGUUAGUCGUUUUUAGGUGCUUCAUUAGUUUUGAUUGUCAAAAGUAUAUUGCUACAUGUGUUGUACAUGAGGAAAUUUAUAAAACUUUUCUAUAAUCUAUUUUCAGAACUGUUUCAGAAACUUUUCAGACAAGAUUUACUUGUUGCUAGUUUGUUCAGAAAUUUUCUUCUUGCUGAGCGCAUCAUGAGAUCCUACAACUGCAUUCCUGUUUCAAAUCCUAAGUUACCAUAUACUCACCAGCAUACAAUGUGGUAAUAAUCAAAACUUAUUUUUUUUUAAAGUUUUGAAGUUAUUCAUUUUAAAAAAAUGAUUUUCAUUCAGUUUUGGCAUAAUUUAUUUGUAUUAGAAUGAUACAUUCUUAAUUGGUAGUGAUGAAUUUUAAGGAAAAAACAAAUGUCUCUCCAUUACUUUAUUUUGCUCUCUAGGCAGGCAUGGGAUUUAGCUUUAGACCUUUGCCUUCAGCAGUUAACAUCUAAGCCAUUGACCCCUGACGGCAUGACUUUUGCACACAGCCCAUUUUUUGCAGAGCAGUUGACUGCUUUCAAAGUAUGGUUAGAUUGUGGCACUGAAACCAGACGGCCACCAGAGCAAUUACCAAUUGUAUUACAGGUUAGCUGAUAACAAUUACAUGAAUAUUGGUACUCAUACUGUUAUGUGAUCAAUUAAAUGUAUUUUUUAAGUCUUUUUGUGGAAUAAUAUAGCUUAAAUUUUGUGUGAAAUAUUAAUAAAAUUAUUUGAACAUCACGGUUCAUCCCCAAAGGCUCGAAGCACAGUACAUACCAAAUUGAAGUACAAAAUGCAACAUUACAAAAACUACCCAUUCUAAGUCUUUCAUACCUUGCAACCAUAAACAAAACAGGCCAAUAUUCAUCCACAAGAUAAUAGUUAGAUGACAACAUCACCCCAGCAGGUGUUUGCAAAAUAGAUAAGUCUUCAAAUCAGUUUUGAAAGAAUCCAGUGUCUGACUGUUUCUGAGAGCGACAGGAAGGGUGUUUCAAAUUGUUGGGCUAGCAAAUGCGAAAGUGCGCCCCUUGUAAGUCUCAAGGCGAACACGUGGUAUCAGAUGAGCGAAGUUGUCUAGUGGGUACAUAAGGCGCCAGUAGUGCUUUGAGAUAGGACGGUGCCAGGUCAUGCAAGCAGCGGUAGCACAGAGUUGCAAUUUUGUACUCUAUGCGAGCGUGGACCGGCAGCCAAUGCAACUCUCUCAGAAGUAUUUUAGCAUGGUCGAAUUAGCAUUUUCGAAGAACAAUGCGAGCCGCAUUAUUCUGUGCUUUUUGAAUAUUAUCCAGGAGCGUAGCUGGAAGACCCACCAUAAGAGCAUUGCAGGAGGCUAUGCGUGAUAACACGAAUGCAGACAUCAGCCUCUUUGAUGCAUCUAACGUUAAGAAAGGUCUUAUAUGACUAAUUCUGCGCAGCUCUAGAAAAAUCGCCUUGCAAAGCAUGUUAAUGUGAUUUUCCCUAGUUAGUGUUCAGUCUAAGUAGACACCCAGGUUUCGCACUGUUUGCGCAUUCUUAAUCUGUAUACCUGAGAGAGUAAGGGUUUGUGUGUUAUUUAUAUAUUUUAGCUUUUCAGCGGUUGCAAAGGGGAUCAGCUCGGUCUUUUCAUCGUUCAAUUUAAGCUUCUUUAUAUUACCCUGAAAAUAUCUUUUAAAAAUAUAAUUUUCACAGUCUUAUAGAAGUUAGUUGGUUGUAAUUGGAUUUAACUUAGUUUUAUAUUCUACAAAUAGAGAAAAAAAAAGAUCAACCAACACAUUUCUAGGAAUUUUUAAAAAAUAAAGCUUUAAAAUAAAAGUUUGAGAGUGGGAAAACACAAAAUUAUUCCUAACAAUUUACCUAUAAGUAAUAAUUUAAGGGCAUUUUUAACAAUGUAGCAUAGAAAUAAACAUGCGUAAUUAGCAUUUUAAAAUUUUAAUUUGAAUAUAUUUUUUUCAAAUCUUUCUGUAUGAAUUUUUUUAAAGGUUUUACUUAGUCAAGUUCAUAGAGUUCGAGCAUUAGAUUUGCUGGGCAAAUUUCUCGAUCUCGGUCCUUGGGCAGUUAACCUGGUAUGUGUAUUUUUAUAAUACCACUGACAGAUGUAUGUAUUUUUAUUAAACCUUAUGAUGUCCUUGUACAAAAAAAUGUAUUACACUGUAUGUUUAAUUAAAUAGAUGAAAUAAAGGUGGGAAAAGUUGCACCAGUUUAAUUAGAUUCAGAAUCACUUAAGUGUGAAUUGAAAAACUAAUUACACUUGAUAUGUUAAUAUCUCUUUAACAUCUCUUAUCCACAGGCUUUAUCCGUUGGCAUUUUUCCUUAUGUCUUAAAACUGCUACAAAGUUCAGCCAAAGAAUUGAGACCUCUUUUAGUGUUUAUUUGGGCUAAGAUCCUUGCUGUUGACCCAGUAAGAAUUUCUUAUUUUUCAAAAGGGGAAAUAAAUAUAUAUCAUCUUAGUUCAGUCAUAAAUUUUCUAAUUACCUUGAUUGAUAAUUCAUAGAAAAUUUAAUAAGUCUCAGCCUAAAUUUACAUGUUUGUAAAGUGUUUUUAAGAGGAUGAGACAACUUGUUGAGUAGGUUUUAGUAUUCAUCCAACUGAUUUUUAUAUGCUAUAUUUUUUUAAUUAAUACACUUUUUUUUUCAGUCUUGUCAGACAGAUUUGGUCAAAGAUAGUGGCCACAAAUACUUUUUGGGUGUUCUUUCAGAAACAUCAAUGGCAGUAAGAAUGCCUUUUUAUUUUCUAUAUGAAUAUAUUAUUAUUAAACUGUUUUUUCCAAAAUAAUCUCAACUAAUUAAGAAUAAAUACCAGUACAUUUUUAUAAGAUUGUAACUUGCUAUUUAAAAAUAUUUUUACCUUGAUUUUUUUUGUGUACAAAUUAAAAUGACAACUACAUAUAUCAAUUAAAAAUUUAAAAUAUUAUUUUAAAAUAAAUAUUUCAUAUACUUUAUAUAUAGGCCAAUAAUUCAUUUUCAGGCUGAGCAUAGGACAAUGGCAGCAUUUGUCAUGGCAAUUAUCAUGAACAGCUAUGCACAAGGCAGGGUGAGUAUAAAAAGAUAACCUUUUCUAUGAUUAAAAAAUUCAGGAAUUUUUUUAUACUUCUCUUGUAACAAGAUCCAUAUUUAAUCUUAUUUACCAGACUUUUUGUAGAAAUUUCUUAAUAUUAAAAAAAAAAAUUGUUUGUAAUUUCUUUAGGUUUCAUCUUUUAUUACAAAGAAAUCUUUUAAAAAUUUUAACCAAUGAAUCUAAGAGUUCGUCUCCUUCAUUAUUAUGCCAUCAGCUCUGUGAAGAUCUACUGCAAUGUCUUCUGCAAUGUUCUUUAUCAUUAAAUAUUUUAUAUCCUUAUCAUAGGAAGCAGCACUGAAAGACAAUACCAUAUCAACUUGUCUUGAACAGCUGGUAGAUCCGAAUGCCCACCUUAGGCAGUGGUUAGCGCUUUGCUUGGCAAAGGUAAUCAAAUGGUACCCACUAUUAAAGGAAAUAGCCAUGCGUCAAGUACACGUUUCCUUAAUGCAAUAGACAGUUACUCUUUUGUUAUCAAGGGCAUGAAUGUUGAGCACUCUGUAUAUAAUAUAAUGAAAUUAACCAUUUUUGAAAAGCUUAUUAUUUAAUACACAACUGCAUUAGAUAACUAUAGUACUUGCUUUUAGACUAGAUUCUAAGGAAAAAAACGGUAAGGACUGGUAUGAGAUAAAGAAUAGUGAAGUAAGGGAUGCAAAAAUAGUUUGGUUUAAUAGAAGGGAAUGGUAAAAUGUGGCUUGAAAAGAAUAAAGGAAAAAUUACUUAUACUUUUACUGAGGGCGUUUAGAUAAAUGCCAUAAAUAAAAGGCCCUAUUUCUCAACAUAUAUGUGAGAAGGGCUCACUUUUAACUACACUUCUAAAAUAUUUGUGGUACUGCACCACCUUACCUAUCUCACCUAUUUUUGAACAAAACAAUGGCUAUUGCACUUAUAAAUGGAUUUAAGCUAAAUAAAUUGUUUAAUUAUUAUUAUAAAAACUUAAAGCAGAUCAAAUUAAACAGAUAGGUAGCUUAGUAUAGAUUAGCUGUACAUAUCUUUUAUCCUGUAGUAUAUGGAGUUGUUAAUGCUUGUUCCUAGUAGCUGUUUUAUUUAUUACCUCUUUCAGGUUUGGACCAACUUUGACAAUGCUCGAUGGUGUGGUGUACGUGACCGUGCUCAUGAAAAGCUAUCCAAGCUUCUGUCUGACCCUGAGCCUGAGGUUUGUUCAAUCAUCUUUUAUAGCAAUGUACAAUUAAAUUAUUCUAUCACAUUUAUUUAGCAUUCAUUUUUUUUAACAUUUCUAUCCGGACUGUAAAAAUAUUUUAAGCUUAACUGCUCCAUCUUUAUUUAAUAUUAUGUAUCACAUUGAAGCUAUUUAUUAUGUGCAAUAUUUUUUUAUAAUUCAUCGCAUUAGUUAUCAUACUUAAAAUAAUCACUUUUGAAUGAUCAGCUUGGUCCAAAUUUUUAUUUUUAAAUUUCAAAGGUGAAGAAUGAAGAAUUAAUUUCUUUGUAAAUAUUUUUUUGAAUAGGUAAGGGCGGCAACUGUUUUUGCCCUUGGAACAUUUGUGUCAAGAUCUCUUGAUCGUACUGAUCAUUCGAUAGCAGUGGAUGUGAAUGUUGGAAAUCUUCUUGUUACAUGUAUCACAGAUGGUAGCCCACUGGUCAGAAAGGUUAAGAUGAAAGUGUUUUUUUUUAAAAUAAGAAAAUUACUGGAUUCAAGUUUCAUUUAAUAAUUCAUUGCUUGAACAAAAUACGUUAAUCAAAUGUAAAUGUUGUUCCUCCCCCCCCCCCAUUAUCUUACUAUCUAGUAAUCCAUUUUAUUGUGAUAUAUUUAUGAUAAAAAUCAUGUAAAUAAUAGAUAUCUGCACUUAUCACUGUUCUUUAGAGUACGCAAAAAUCUUUCAUAUGAUUUUUUUUAAAAAUAUGGAACCCUCAUUUGCAAUAUUAAUGCUCUUUUUUAGAUAGAAAUUGAAAAAGUCUCUGUUAUUGCGGCAUUAAAAUAUGAUAAUAAGGGAGGAGACUGCAAUCAGGUUAGGUAAAAGAAAUUUUUUUAAACAAGAUAGGGAAAACCUGACAAAAGGUUGCAACUAAACAACGAACGGGGUGGCAAGAUGGGUUCUUCAGUCAAAAGUACAAACAAAGAGUAACAAACUAAAAACUUAGCUGAAAUGUUGUAGCCCAGAAAACAACAUAGGAAUUUAAUAAACUUUAAGUAGGAAAGAUACUUAAUUUAGAUAAAGGGAAUUACAAUGGUGACUAGGUGUAGAAAGUAGGGGGGAGGAGAAAAGAUCUAACGAAUGAAGGAAAACAUGACAUUAAUGCUAUGUGGUGUCAAGGUCCCAUUUGUGUGGAUAAGUUUUUCCUCUAAGUUCACCCUGGCGGGCAUGUUCUUAGAGAAAACAAUGACGAUAAUAGAAAGGUCAUUGGUGCUUUUGUGGUUGCUACUAUUGAAGUGAUUUGAGAUAUGAAAUUGUUUUGCUUGAGCAAUAUUGUGAAAGUGUUCAGUACAUCUAUAUAAAAGCCGCUGACCUGUCUCACCCAAUUAAGCCAUAGGUAACAAUUUUAUUAUUGAAAAAUGCUAUAUUUAUCUCAUUAUCUUUUUUGACCAAAUGAAAAAAAUAUUAAAAUUUCUGAAAUUAUCAACUCAAAUUCUGUAAUUGGAUUGGGCUAGUCUGAGAUUUUUUAUUGAUUUCAGGAGCUCGUUGUGGCCUUUGGUGGGUAUGUGUCAGUUUAUAUUUCCCACUUUGUGGGCCUAGUCAAGAAGAUACAAGAGGAGGAAAAUGAUAGGAUGGUCAAAUCUCUUGACAUAGCGAGUAUGUACGCUAAUAAGGAAACACCAAGACCUUUAGGUAAGAAAUAAGUUUUAAUGACCGAUGUUUUAAAACUUGAAAUACAGAUCUAUAUGAAAAGUAUUUAAAAGACUGACAAUCUGAACAAAUAUGUGAAUAGAGUUACUUUAUAUUAAUGUAAUAUUAAGAUAAUUUACAGAACAAAUAUGUGAGGUGACUAGUAUCUAGUUGAAACUUUUUUGUUGAAAACAUAAUUGGAUGAGAGUCUUAUUUCAUUUUAUUUAUUUUAAAAAAAAACUUGAAGUUAGUAAGAAGUAUACAAAGUUAAAUUAUAAUUUAAAUUAUCUUUAUUUGGUGACAAAAGCUCUGUGCAAUGUGGUUUUGCUGAAAUCCGCUUUUUGACAUAUCCACUGACUUAAUUUUGCACACAUAAUCCAGCACAGUUCCCUUCGCAUAUUGGUAUGCCCUUAUUAUGACUUCAUUUUAAUGAUUACUUUACCUAGUAUGCAUGUGAACAAAUAAAAAUAUAUUUACAGUUACUCAUAAUAUACUAAUUUAAAAAAAAAUAUAAAUAUUUUACUCUUUCCCAUUUUAUACUAUUUCAAAGAAGAAUAACAAAAUUGAGAACAGAGAACAUUUUAAUUUCAAAAAUAUUUUUUCAAAUUCUACCCUGACAAACCAAAUCUCAAAAUUCCACUUGUGUCUAUCAUGAAUUUUUUUUUUUUAAAUCAAUCGAAAUUACAUCGUUACUUUUAGUAAUAUUUUUUCCUUUUAAUAGCCUUCAUCAGUGUACAAACUGUAGAAAAUUAAUGUUAGUGUCCAUCCCUCUAGACAAAGCUCAAUAAGCUGCUCUUAACAAUGACUGUAAAAUUUUGAAUCAUUUUCUCAUAAAUGAGGUAAAAAAUACUUCAAACUAUCUAAAUUAUUUUAAAUUUCCACUAGUUUGGUUGUGAUAUAUAUCGUAUCCUCGUGAGAUUCCUCUGGUUUAUUAUUAAACACAUGAUUGGCAACUUUUGAGGUAAACAUUUUAUAAUAAAUAAAGGCUUUCUAGUUUCAGAUUUAGGGACUUAAUUGAAUGUAUUUUGUCAGAACUGCUGAUCUGGUAUCCUGUGUUUGGAGAGCUGGGAAGGCUAUCAUUGAUUUAUUCAUUCUAAAACUUUUGAAUCAUAAAAGGAUUUGGGGAAAAGUUUGUUUGAGCUACAUCAGUGGUUUCCAAAUUAUAUGAUGGUAGUGCUUGCUGUAUGGGGAUGCUGUAUGGGGAGUCUGGUAUCAAAGUUUUGGUUGGGGAGGGUCAGAAGGGUGAAUUCCCAAUCAGAAAAUAAAGGACCAAUAAAAAUGUGUUUAUCCCUUCACUAUAAUCAGCUGAAGAAAGUUAGUAAAACAAUGGGUUUGGGUGAUAAAUCGUAGCAUAAAAGAUUUAGUGGGAAUCACCUUUAACAUGGAUAUCAACAAAUAGAAGUGGUCAAUGGUUUUUUAGAGGUGGGUUUUAUUCAGCUUAAACCCAUACUAAUCCAAAUUCAAGAUGCAUAUUUGAAAACUCAGAGUGAUACUAAAUUAUUAUUUGAAGGAAAAUAUUGCUCAGUUCAUGACAACUAACUUUUUUUUUAGUAUUCUUUUAUCAUCAUUAGUAUAUAAUGAAAUGCUUGAAGGGAAGAUAUCAUCAGAAGUAGAGGGAGGGGUGGAGAAGCAUAAAGGGCGGUAGUUGUAAGAAAUUUAAGGAAAGGUUAGGAAAUUUUGUGUUACAAAAUUUUGCACUGUAUUCUCACCUAUUCACUUUAAUAAAAUUAAAAUUUUCCUUUUACCUUCAUCUUCCAUCAAUAAAUAGUCAGAGAAAAUCUGCAGAAAUGGAAAGGGAAAAAAAUAACUCUGCUAUAAGUAUUAAUAUUAACAAGUCAAACACUGGCAACUAUUUCUUUAAAAAAAAAUUUUUUUAUAGAACCAGAAAAACCUUCAUUUUAAAUUCUAAAGAUAUAUGUUUAAUUUAUGCCAGGUUUGAUGACACACUCAAACUGAUGCACUAUUCAAAACAAAAAUGAGUACAUUUUAUUUGAUCAGAUAUGGUCUAAAAAAAAUUAUUAAAAACUUACCACCGUUACCUUGUUUUCCUGUUUUCAACAUACCGUACAUCAGUCUGAGGGUGUGAGUUUUAUGAUUUUUAAAUCAGCUUUUUUUAGAUUAAAAAAUUAAUGCCAUCAUAUCUCACAUAUUUGCCAUUGCAUGCAUUUUUGGGGACAGGUGUAAAAUAACUAAUGUUUGGAAAAGUAUAUUUUUAAAUUUUAUUUCUCCUUGGGUUAUAAAGGUUAUGCAUUACACAUAAUUGUUUGUAACCAGCAGCAUGAAGUGUCUUUUAUCAAGUUAAAUCAGCUACACUUUGUAACUGUGAAAAUCUAAUUACGUUUGAGCAUAGUCAUUAACUUCUUGCAAUAGUCUUGUCAAGCGUAAUCAUAUCUUGUUCCACUAUUUAUUGAUCAACUUCAGCUUAAGAAUCUGUUGUAACAUAUUGUGACUAACAAGUGUAGCUAUUGUGAAGACUAAAAUCACCAGCUCUCUGACAGUUGCAUCAUACCACAAAGUUGACAGUAAUUUUGAUGCAAAAAUAUUUUUUAUAAAUGUGCUUUCUCCCAGUAGGAAUUAAAAAAAUAAAAAUGCAAUCAAAAAAAUUGCAUUUGAAUAAGGAAUCGGUUUACACAGCACAAUAAAUAUUACAUUAAUAUAUAUUAAAUAAUAAUUCCAUAACAUCACUAGUGUAUCAUUUCUUUUCAAUCUGAAGUCUGCUUCUAUUUUUUUUUUAAAACGAAGUCACACUUACUAUAGUGUGUUGACCAGGAAAUAUUUUUAUUGUGCAUUAAAAGAGGAUAUUUAAUUUCAUACUCAAGUGUUGUUCUCCCCUAGUUUUGAUAUUUCCCUUUUUCAGACAGUUUUGCAAGUGGUGGGAUGAAACGGAGUCACUCACGCGGCAGCUUUAAAAGUUUGACCACUUGUAAGCCUACGCUGUCCAUUAUUUGUUGUAACAUUGUCAGUAAUGUUAUUUCUCUGGAAGUUCUCUAAAGCAUUAUUUGAGGGUGCUUAAAAAAAAAGCACAACUUUGGUUUGCAGUGCUAGGUUUUCGCUUGCAUUCUUGCUCUCUAAAAAAAAUACAUCUUUUGGUUUCUUGUGUCUGAAUAAAAGCUAAUCGUGGUUCUAAAAUAUUCUAUUUUGAGAAUCUCCCCUGAUAGCCAUAUGGUUUAUCCAUCACAAGCAUAAUUCAGAUCUACCCUGCGAUGACAUCAGAUUUAUUAUGUGCACAGUUCUACACUAUGUAACUUAUCAAAUGCUGAACCCAUUUUAACAUGCCGCUUAAACUGAAUAUGUCAAGUCACUUAAAGUUCAGAACCACUGCUGUGCAGACAACCACACUUUUAUGCUUACUCUCACCAUCAUUAUUACCCAUCACUCCUACCAUGCCCUCUUGUUAUCAAAUGUCUCCACCCAUGCUCAUUUCUACAGCCCAUAUCAAAAGAAGUGCAGGGAUUCGCAGCUACUCAGAGUCUUGUAUAAUUUUUUAAAAAUUAUCUCUAAAUUACUGAAAUUUUUAACUGUUAAGUUCAUUUUAACAACAUUAAUUUUGUUUGCUAUUCCACUACUUCAAGAGAGUAUGCACAUUUUCAUCAGAGUAAUUUAAAUAUUUCAACAAAUUUGAAUCAUCUUCACUUGGAAUAUGGUUACUGUUUAUUUCUGUUAUCCUUGUUCAGAAAGGUUACCUAUAAACUAUCUUUAGGAUGCCAUUAAAAACAUUCAGCAACUUAAAUUUGAAAAGUUUUAUUUAAUACUGCAUUUAUAGAGCAAAUAUUCAUCUGAUCUGUACAAUCCACCCCUUGAUUCCCCAUAUUAAAACUUCUCAGCUGACAGAUAUGGCAUGUUUCGUGGUGAGCUAGGUGUUGUGCAAACUCUCUGUUCAUCUGCAUGCUUUUGUUUUCCCAUUACAAUUUAACAUCUUUAAAACAUCUAUUUCUCAGGCUUUGAACAAAAUUUUUGUGCCUGUAAUCUUUAUUCAUUAAAGAUAAUAAGGAAACAGAUUGAACAUAAUGUUUUUUUUAAUACUCGAGGCAUUUUAAUAGUAAAUAAAUCUUUUGAAAUUAUAAAAUUAAAUUUUAUAAUUUUUUUUUUUACUUUUAGUUUUAAAUGGUUGUGAGCAGUUUUUUGGCAAUUAUCUUCUAUGAUUUUUUGAAAUGUAAAAAGAGGCUAAUGAUUUUGCAUUUUUAAAGUUAUGUUUAUACCCAUAUUAAUAUUUUGACAAAAUCCAAUUAAGGUUACUAAGUAUAACAUAACAUUAUUGAAGUAAAUUACUGAAUUAAAUUAGAAUAAAUUAAUAAUUAAGUAAAUUUGUAUUAUUAUUUUAAAAACAUUUUUUAUAGGAAAUUGAUAAAUAUAUAUCAUACAUCAUAUUUUAAAAUUGUGAUUACUUAGCAUAAUUCAACCAUGUUUUUUUUUUAAAGGAAUGAUUUGUUUCUUCUGUGUGUAAAUCUUUAAGAAAAUCUUUAUUUGACUACGAACUGAAUGUCUGACCUUCCUAAUAAUCUUAAGUAUUAGAACUUAGAAUAGAGCAUUCAGCCUAUUCUGUCUUUAUUUCUGAGCAGGAAUUAAUUAUUGUUUCUCAUUUGCAUGUAUAUGUAUAUAUGAUAUCUAAAUUUAACUGGUGUAGGAAAGAUGAUUGUUUAACAAUUAUGAAUUAACAUAAUUUAAUAGCCUUUUAGCCUUAAUAAGAAUCUUAUUAAUGAAAGCUUUCUCUGUAUCUUAAAAAAUAUGCCAGAAGGUAACUUGAUUUAGAUAUUGCUCUUCUGAGCUUCCCAACCACUAGGCUGCUAUGCUCAUCUGAAGUCUCUGGUGGACACUGAUAAAUUGUCAUAAUUAGUUUUACAUUCUAAAUAUUUUAAUUGCUUGAGAAAAAAACCCACUUAUUUACAUUAUUAUUAAAUUUAUUCCAUCAGUUCAUUAAGUUUCAAUAAAAAGAAAAGAAAUAAAUUAUAAAUAAAACAAGUAGUCAAAUAUGUAAAUGGAAUAUGUUUUUAGUCAAACUUAUUUUUAAAUAGUUUUUAUUAUUAACAUAGACUCAAUGAGAUCUGAUGUUUCUAGUCUACUUGAAAGGGCAGAGCUGAAACAAUUAAUCUUUUUUUUAAAAUCACCAAUAUUUUUGGUUUAAUUGUACUCGCAUGAAAAUUGAAUUAUUUUUUUUUCACUUCCCUGAUUAACCUCAUGCCUUGGGUCUAAUCAGAAUUUGAUGUAAGCUAACAACUAUUUAGCCAUCUCAAUGUACUUUCUUUUUCUUAGUGCAAAUAUUUUCAUUAGUACUCUGCUUUUAUAACAAUACUAACAGUUUUUUUUUGUUCCCCUCCCAACUUUUGGAAAUACAACUUACAAAUCACUAGCUGCUUCAAGUCACCAGCUCUCCACUAUGGCCACUUCAGCAAGUUCUGACAAUUUGGGAGAUGAACGGCUUAUGAUACGUCGCGUUUCUUCAGGGGCCUCUCUUGCAGGGCACACUUUUGUGACGGUGUACUCCUCUAUGUGGCAAGCACUCAAUGAACUUGCCGCAGACCCGCAUCCUGAAGUGGCUUCUAUGUCCAGAAAUAUUAUUGAUGCAGUCAAGAGGAAGGUUUGUGAUUAUAGCAUGCAGACAGGGAUCAGCUUUUAUAUCAUUGAAAGUUCUGGAGAUAUUAAUAUGUAAUAAUUUAUCUAAUAGUUGUUAAAAGUUUAUCAAAUUUAAAUACAUUUUAAAUUGAAAUUUAAAAUGUACACUUAAAAAAUAGUUCUUUUGUCAAUUUUAUAAUAUUUAAAUGUUUCAACUUAAAAUGUGUUCCAAUAAUUUUUCUAAGGGGUAAUCCUUUCGAUUUAUUGAAAGUGUUUCUUUUGAUUUCCUAAAAAAACAUAGGCAUCGACAUCGGCACGUCCCCGACAAGUAAUCCAAGCAGUUGUAUCCCAAAAUAACCAUUCUAUGGCAUCCAGUCCAUCCAGACCCGCCAAUAUGCCUUUUGGGUUGGUAUUUUCACAUUUUCGUUAAGUCAUUUUUUCUAACAUGAGGGUAUGUUUAGACUGUAGAAUUUUAUCAAAUGGCUCUGAUUUUUUUCUUCUAAAUAUUUCUAAGUUUAGCGAAGAAAGUUGGUACCUUACUAAAGAAAAAAAAAGUUAAAUUUUUUGCUAAAUAUUUUCUAUUGACAAACUUCAUUAAUAUUUCUGAAUGGGAAAAAGUUCUGUUUGUGGAACCAAGGAAAAGAGAUGGCCACUGAUGGUGAUGUUGUACAUGUUUGUGAUAUUUAAAAUUUAAUUUAAAAAUGAAAUUUUACAGACAGACGUUUCUUACUCAAUUUAAAAGUCUCUAGACAAUGGUGUUGAAAAUGUUCCACUGGCUGUUAUUUAUUUUUUUUUACAGGAACAUUUUAUGAUGGUCUUAUUUGUGGACCUGUUUUUGUACCAAAACAGUAUUUUGGUCUAAAUAUUUGUUUUUUCUCAUGGGUCUUAAAUUUUGAAAAUAUUUAAGAGAUCAAUGAGAUGAUGUUUAUACAUCAGGAAAUUUUAUAUUUUAGACGCAAAAAAAUAUUGAGGUUAAUACUUCUAAAGCAUAUAGAAGAAAUUAUAAUUUAUAUAAUGAACACUCCUGAAUUGGGAACACAUAUUUAGAGAUUAUAUUACAAUGAAAAAAUAUUUUAAUUCAAUUAGACAUUACAUUAAAAUGUAUACAUUUUUUACUUUGGCAGCACUCCCCCACAAAACAUGGUUAGUCCUGGCAGCACUCAGUAUUCCAUAGGUCAACCACCUAGAAAAGUAUUUGACAAGACACCUUCUGUGGUGCAGGUUUGUCUAUAAUAAUAAUUUUUAAUUUUAAGAUAACAAAGUUAUUUGAAAUAAUUAUUGAGAGUAAAAGACUUUAAAACCAAAAAAAGCAAAUAGAAUUAUUAUUUUAUUAAGAACAAAUAAGACACAAUUAUAAAGUAUUUAUUUUAAAAAAAACUGUGUUAUUCAAGAAAGCUUUACAAAUUUUCUUUUUAAUUACCAUCAAGUAUAACAAUUUAUGAAUGGACCUGAUUUUUUAUUGGCUUUCUUCAGACUGAAGAAGGUAAAGAAGAAGACAAUUCACCUAUUUCUGAGAAAGUGAGCACACAAUUUUUUGAGUGGAGCUGCAAGUAUUUUGCAGAGCCAUUUAUGUGUCUUAGGAAAGACCAAGACCCAGAAUGUCAGUCAUAUCAUGAAAGGGAGUACAGGUUCCUGAGGAAUGCUAGAGUCAGAUCUCUUGGCAGGGAACAACUUCGAGCAGGUAUUUAAAUAUUAUUUAUUUAUUUUUUUCUUAAAAAUGAAGCAAGAAGCUUUCUUCUGAACAGUUAUUAAAAACUUUUGACAACAUUCUAUGAACAGUGAUUUUUUUUCAUUUUUGUAUUAUGCACUCAGAACAAUGAAAAUGUUUUGUCAUAAAGCUAUGUCUUUUUCAAAUGAAUCACUGUAAGAAGAUCCUUCUAGGUAUGGAUAAUUAUUGCUACAUUAUUUUUAAUUCACAAACUUAAUUCAUAAGGUGUGACAAGGCUGGAUGACCAGAUGUUUGUCAACAGGGUAAAUGCUGUACCAACUGCCAUCAAGUUUCAUCCAUAUGAAAAUUUUCUUGCUGUAGCUGACAGUCAUAAUGUAUCGUAAGUGUUUUAUAAUUCAAUGAAAACUAAAUUAGAAAUUAUUUCAUGUUUCAAAAGACUUCUAACACACCUGAAUUAUUUUCGUUAAAUAAAUACUGUACUGUUACAAGAACUUGCCUUCACAUAGUGGAGCGGAAUUCUGGCAAGAGGGAUAGGCUAACAGGCUCACAGCCUACAUGCUUGUUUGUGUGGUUUCCGCAUUGGAAUGGCGACUCACCAGAUAAAAAAAAAUUACUGCCACUAAAUCAUUCAAUUCAAACUCUAACCCACCAUUAUGGGAGAACGGAGGCCCCGGAAAGGGAUUAUGAAGUGACCUAGUCGAACAUGAACGGGAGCUGAUCUGCAGACUACCUCCUUUUGGAUGAGGAAAAUCACCCAGGUGGGGACCUGGAAUCUACGCACAAGGCAUGAGAUGGGGAAAAGUUUAUCAGGUGCCGGGUGGCAGCAGAGAUGAGAAAGAACAGCAUAAGGGGUCAGUGAAGCAAGAUGGACUCAAUCAGGAAGAAUGAAAUUGACAACAGGAAAUACUACUUUAUAUUCAGGAUAUGAAGAUAAAAAUGCUCAACACACAGAGGGUUUGGCUAGACUACUUUCUCCACAGGCAGAACAUUCCUUUGUAGGUUAGCAACCUGAAAAGUGAAGGAUAAUAACUGCAAACCUAUAGAACAUUCAAGAAGGAAUUUAAAUUCAAUGCAGUUCAGUGCUAUGCUCCUACUAAUGACGAAGAAGAGAUAAAGAAUGAUUUCUAUGCUAGAUUACAGUUAGUGAUAGAUAAAAUUAGAGACGAUGAUAUGACGUCAAUGAUAAGAGACUUCAAUACUAAAAUAGGGAAGGAUAAUACUCUAUAUGAGGAGAUUAUGAGGAGACAUGACCUAGGAAGAAACAAACAAAAAAUGAGACUGCAGAAAUAUUUACUGAUUUUUGUGCUGAUAGAAUAUCCACAAGGCAGCAUGGAUGGCUCCCGAUCAUCUUACACACAAUCAGAUUGACCAUGUUUGUAUCAAGAAGAAAUUCAGGCAAUAGCUAUGAGAUGUAAGAGUAUAUAUAAGUGCAGAUGUAAUUCUAAAAAAAAAAAACAAAGACCAUGUCAGGAUUGAAGAACCAAAUACAACAUGGCAUUUCUAGAUGAAAAAAAUAAAAAUAAUGUGUUCAGAAAUGAGCUUGCAAAUAGAUUCAAGGCCUUAGAAAAUUUGGAAGAAUGUGGACGACAUAGACUCACAAUGAGAUACAAUUAAGAAUACAUGGAAUUCAACAUGUGAUUAAGUCUUAGUGUUUAAAACAUGUAAAAGCAAACCAUUUAUAUCAGAGACCAUAGUCAACCUAAUCCAACAUCAAAAAGAUAGGAAAGCCAUCCUGAUGAACAGCUGAAUCCGAGCCUCAGAAACAGCAGCAUGAAAAGGAAGCACUAAAGAUUUUUACAAUACUGAAAGCACUCAAAACUUUCACAACACAGCAAAGAAAUUAACAGGAAAGUUAUAACAACAGUAUAACCAGAUCAAAGAUAAAAAACAGUAAAAUGUCAACAAAUCCUAAGGGGCAGGAAACAUGAUGGGUGGAAUAUUUCAAGGAGCUUUUAAACAGGCCAGCUCCCCUUGAUACAGCAGAUAUUCAGACAACCCAGAGAGAUCUUGACAUUGACUGAACCAGAUCUACUAAGGGAAAUAAAAAUUCCAAAAUUAAUGAACAAGCUGCCUGACCGGAUGGGAGACCUGCUGAGAUGAUGAAAGCAGACAUUGAUCUAUCAAUCAACGUAUUCUACAACAUUUGUAUCUCCAUUAGGUACAUAUAAUUUAACGCCUUUUUUUGGUCUUUUUUUAACCCCCCCCCCCCCCCAACCACCACCACCUUAACAUUAUUUUUUUAAUUCAUACUGACCUACAAUGGUUGCCCUCUUCCAAUCACCUGGCUUGAAUCACCACAUCUCACUGUAUAUGUCACUUUCCUCUUGUUCAUUUAUGAAAAAGUAUUAAUUAAAAAAAAAAAAAAAAAAUUAUUUUCAGAUUUUGGGAUCUUGAGCAGGGAACGAAAGUCUCAGAUAUUCCGAAUCCUGCAGUUUUAGAACGUGCUUUGACACCUUUACUUCGAGUCAGUCGCAUUACUUCAAUAGAUUUCAUGAACUCCCACGAUCAAGCUCUGUUUAUGUUUUGUACAGGUACGAGUUAGCAGCAUUCAUACACCGUAACAGCUGGUAUACACAUUUUAGUAUCAGUUAUAAAUUAAAUUUCUUUUGUAAGUGCUUUAGAUGGUCCUUCGUUAUAAAUGAAUACUUUCUCACUGUGUCUCUGUUGUCUCGUCCAUUAUGUGGCUGAUUUUUUUGUGUAAAAUCUGUAAACUGAUAUCACUCCCCAGAUGAUGGUGCUAUCAGAAUCCACAGAAAUUUCCUUUCGCCUAAUGAGUCUGACAGAGAACUGGUCACAGCAUUUAAAGGUUUAUCAGAAAUUGUCCCUUCUGAAAGAGGUGAGACAAAAACUGUUACGCAAACAUAAGAUGUUGUGAGUGGUGGGGUCCCUAUUUAUGUUCUGUCACAUCUUUGUUUAAAAUUGGUUGAAUUAUCUUUUGAGGUUUGAAAGAGAUGUAAGCCAAUGAGACUCAAUCGGGACUUACACUACAUAAUUAUCUUGAGAGAAUUUCCAUUCUAGGGAGGAAAUCUCUAUUAGGGGAUAUAUUGAUUAAUGAUGUUAAUUUAAUUCUCUUGUGUUAAACUGGUGCCUUUUUUUUUUUAGAUUUUGAAAUCCGCUUUUAUGUAAUAUAGGUUUCAUUUGAAUAUAUAGAUAUAUAUAUAUAUAUUUUGCGUAUUUACAUAGUAGAUUCACCAGGAGCUUCUUAGAUAUGUGCCUAUUGCUUUUUUUUUUUAUGACCACAUAGAUAUGACACAACACAUAAAUUUCACAGGGGCACAGACACUAACUGUUUUAAAUGCUGAUAGGUGGUUUUUGUGUCUGUUGUUUUUUUUUUUUAAAAAUAAUCCCAUCAAGGAACAUAUAUUUAUUUAUUAUUUUUAAAUGUAUGAAUACUAUAAAUUUUGGUGAACCUUGGGUAACUUCAAUCAUAGCCUAAAGGCAGUCUCUCCAACCAAGCACACAGGGAAACAUAAAAUGGUAGUCGAUGUGAAGAUUUCUUAAAAAUCUGGGUAAUGCAGAGCAGAACAAACAGAUCCAGGUUGAAAAAUAAUCAUUUGUAAAUAGCCAAUGACCCAUUAGGAGCUACACAGACUAAUAACAAGAAAGUUAUAUGUAUAUACAUAUUUAUAAAAUACAAGUUCUGUAUUCCACAGGCUCUGGUUUAGUUACAGAAUGGGAACAAGAAACAACCACUCUCAUAACUUCUGGGAAUGCAAGAAUUAUCAGACUGUGGGACAUGCAACGAGAGACAAAAAUAAGUGUAAGAUGAUGUUUCUUGUCAGAAUUUUCACCAUGGUACAAAGUUAUUUUGCUGUUUACAAUAAAUUAAUUGUUAUUGAUUCUGCCUUGUCAUUAUUUGCAGCUGAAAGAUAUCAUGUAUAUUGUUGAAGCAAAACAUAGACAAAAUCUUAAAUUAUUCUCAAAUAUUUGUUACAUCAAUAAUUGCAAAUUAUUUAAAUAAAUUGACUUUCAGGACAUCAGCACUGGGGCAGAAAGCUGUGUCACCAGUCUUGCUUCAGAUCCUUUAGGGAAAUCCUUACUUAUAGCAGGUUGUGGGGAUGGUUCAGUCAGGCUGUUUGACCGUCGGCUAAACCCUGCAGAGUGGUGGGUCCCUAUUUAUUUUUUUAUGUUUUAUGUUCUUAAAUUUUUUUUUUUUUUUAUAUUCUUAUAAGUAUUCACUAUUGUUGUUCUUACAAAAUUUAGUAUCUUUUUAUUUUAAACUGAAAGUUAGAAGCUCAUUUAACAAUAAUCAAUCGGUUGACAAUAAUAAUAACUACUGUAAAAACUUAGAUAUUUGUAAAUGCAAAUAAAAAAAGAGUAGUGUCUUUAAAAAAUCUAAUGUUCAAUUGGUCAAUUACUUUAAGACUAAUCCUGAAUUAUAAAAAAAAAAUGGUUACAAUAUGUUUUGAAAUUAUUUUUUUUUUGGUAUCCUUUUACAUAUGCUUUUCAAAUCUUUUAGCCGUGUUAUGACAUUAAGAGAACACAACUCCUGGGUACUUAAAGUUCAUUUGCAAAGAGGUUCUGAAGGAAAAAUCGUCAGUGCAUGGUAUGUGUAAAUUAGACAGACUUCCUUAAUGCCAUUAGAAUGAUUAUAAGUGCAAAGUAUUUACGUUGGCUGAUACACAAGAUGUGCUCAAAUCCUGUUUUGAACUCACCCCAUCUCUCCAACUCGCUACUUUGGGAUUAGGACAGCCAAAGGUUAAUGGGUAAAACACAAACUGCAUUGAAAUCGAACCUCAACAUCUAUCUGACAGCAUCUUUUCCCCUGACAUUUAUUAUUAUUGGUAGUUCAGGGCUAAUUCUUUUUAGUAGUCUCUCAAAAUCUAUUUAACAAGACAUAUUUAUUGUGAAGGGAAAGAAAUUUUAAUUUGUUUUAUACCACCCAAAUCCCAACAUCCUUCACAUUUAUUAUUUACACUCUUUUCCCAGUUAAUAUAAAUUCAAACAAAUAUUAUUCAACAAACAGUAGUGUACUUAAUGGUUACAUUUGACUAAUGUCAAUUGAGGCUUAUGUCUUUCUUAAUAAAGAGUGCUCCUAUCAGUUAUACCUCUGCUUUAACCCUUUGAACCCGCUCGAUCAGUCUAUGCAUUAAAAAUGCACACCCCACCAGACUGAUAUUUCAGUCCCCCAUACCUUACCCUUGAUCGACAGUCUGUAUAUAAAAUUGUGUGGUAAAUACUGAGUUCAGUUACCACGUGACUCGCCAAAGGUCACAGUUGUGGCUACGGCCAUGGAAGCUUUGGUUUUGUUAUGUUUUUUUAUGUGUAAAGGUGACAAAAAUGAAAAAAAAAAUUGUAUUCUUAAGGACUCAAACCAGAGCAGAUUUAUGAUAAUGUAAAUGAUUCAAAGGAUUAUCAUUGUAUUUUGAAAAAGGAUUUGAAAUAAAGCAAAUAGACAAUGAUAGGGAUUGACGUCAUCUACUUGUGCUGCUGAUGUGUGCUUUAAGAAUAAAAGAAAGAACACAAGGUCUAUACCUGGUCUCACCUCGCCCUGGCUUUUAUGAAAAAUCAGGAUCGCAUAAAUGAUUUUUUACUAUGCUAUUUUAUUUUACACCAUUUCUAAGAUAUUUGUCUUCCUUGGAUACAUUUUAUAAUACUUACGGACUACUAAUAUACAAAUUUAGAUUGAAAUAAAUAAAAUGUAUUUAAUUGUAUAAUCAUUCAAUUUAGUUUGAUGAUGUAUGUCAGUUUGUGAGAAUUUUCCCCAGAAACCCAGGGGCAUGGGUAUUUUAGGACCAGGAGCUAAGGGUUCAAAGGGUUAACUUAAAAAAUCAUAUAAUCAUCAAAUUUAUUUUGUUUCAAGCUGUGAUGGAGAUAUACGUUUCUGGGACCCAAGAUUUACAGACUCGGUUAGGGUUUACAGUACUCCAACAUCAUUAUCUUCAGUGGAUAUCCACCCAAGAGCAGAUAUCAUAGCUUGGUAAAUAUUACUUUAUGUUUACAGGACUGAAACAGAACAUUUUAUAGAAUGUCUCUGAGCAUUCAAUGUUACCUCAUGAACAAUUCUGACAUUUCGAUGUAAUAAAAUAAAAGGAUCAGUAAACUAGAAAUUGGUAGCUACUAUGCUAAAUAAAUGAGUUCCUGAAAAUAAGGCGCUACUUAUAAUCACUGAGAAAAAGUAUGAAUUGGAUCAAUUUCUUGUUUUGUUAUAUAUUUGGUGGCUGAAUGGACAUUACAUUGAAAAGAUAUCCUUUUAUGCCAGCAUAUUAAUCCUUAAAAUUUAAGCCAACCUAUUUUUCAACCUGUUGUACAUUAGAAAGUAUUGAAGUUGACCUCUAUGCAGACUGGUUUCCUCACCUGGAAAGAAAUCUAGCUUUUGUAUUUUAUUACAGUGGCUCUACUAACCAGUGCAUGACAGCUUACAGUCCAAAUGGUACUGUACUAAGUACAGUAAAAUACCAUGAAGGGUUUUUGGGACAGAGAAUAGGCAAUGCCAGCUGUAUGUCAUUUCACCCUUAC